AUGGAAAGUAAGAAGAGACGUAUUCCUAAUGAUGAUGAUCGUGAGGAAGAGGAUAAAAGGAAUAAUAUGAACGACAAGAAAAAGAAAAAGAAAUCAAAUAUUGAUAGCUAUGGCAGAAAGGUUUGGGAUAAAGAAUAUUAUCAAAAAAAAGUAGAAGAAAAAGAUGAAAAUGAAGAAGACGAAUUAAUACUUAAACUGUUACCAGAUUUAAAAAAGGCUAAAGGGGUUUUACCACCUCCCCCUUCAGAAAGAAAAUUAUUAGAAGAAAGAAAAGAACAAUUAUCCUUAGAAAAAAAUCUAGGAAAAAUUCAAAUUGUUCAUCAAAAAAGUACGAAAGAACAACAGGGUGGCUAUUAUUGUAAAAUAUGUGAUUGUGUCCUUAAGGACUCACAAACAUAUUUAGAUCAUAUUAAUGGAAAAAAUCACAACAGAAUGUUAGGAUAUAGUAUGAAAGUAAAAAGGGUUAAUUUAGAUGAUGUUAAAAAGAGAUUAAGUAUUCUUAAGGAUAAAAAAAAUAAUAAAUCACAUGAAAAAAUAGAAAUGGAUUUUUAUGAAGAAGCGAAGAAAAGUCUAAAAGAUCUACAAGAGAUUGAAGAGAAAAAAAUACAGAAAAGGAAGGAAAAAAAGCUGCUCAAAAAGUUGGAGAAGCAAAAAAAAAAAGAGCAUCAAUUACAUGUGCAAAAUGAACAACUGACAGAACAAACACAGCAUACGGAGGAAGAUGCUACAAUUAUGAAAUUUAAGGAGCUCGGGUUACCUACCUCUUUUGUGUGA